CCUCAUCUUGCGAAGUUUCGCACUCACUCAACUCACUGGGGCAACCUCUUUACGAUCCCGCGGAAACUUGUCGUAUUGUUCAUCGCAAGGGGUGCCUUUUGAUGACAAUAGACCCGUUUUUUUAUUAUUCUCUUUCUGUUUGAUUGGUGACGUCGAUCGCGGCUCUGUGUCUGUCUGAGUGAGGUGUUGCGGACGCCACCCACCACCCCCUUCUGGUACACGCACGCCCGGCAUCUCGUUUGGAUCCCCGGCAUAGUAAAAGAGUUACACACUUGGCAUUACAUUGGCGAAGAGACGUAUCCGUACAUCACAUAUCCAAAGGGACAUGAUGCAUUCGAUAGCAAGAGCCGCACCGCGUCUCACGCGAGGCCAUCGCGCGGCGGCCACCUCAUCCCCGUCAGUGUCGUCAUCAACGUCAUCGCUACCGACGCGGCGGCGGCAGCAGCAGCAGCAGCAGCGCACCUUCACCACCAGCGUGGGCUUCUGGUCAUCCUCAGCAUCGCCAAAGUCGAAGGCGAGGCCGCAGGCAAGCAGGCCGUCGGCGCCCCCGCCGCCGUUCGAGCUCGUCCCGACAUGUCCGUCGCCGACGUGCGAGUGCGCCGCGACGCCGGCGAUGCCCGAGGGCUUGGACAUUGACUUCAAGAGCCCGCUCAACGGCGUCGUCUCGGGGUAUGCCGAGCAGGUGCUCGUGUGCACGGGGCAGGACGAUUGGGUGUCGAGGAUCGAGGAGGAGAAUAGCGGGGAUAACCUCGCGGCGGACUUGAAGGAGUUGUUUGGCCGCGGGGGGGAGUAUAGCGAUCCCUGGCACAACAUCUCAACCCUAAACGCCUCCUUCCCCUCCUCCGUGCCCCGGCGGAGCGAGCUGCAGACCACGAGCGCCUACCUCCUCCCGAGCUUCAAGUACGUGCCCUUCCUGCCGCGCGUCAGCUUCGACAGCGUCCAGGCCCUCGCAAAGGGCUACCUGCUCCCCGAGAAGCUGCACAAGAUGCACGACGGGAGCCUGUCGCCCGUCCACCGGGACCGGCUGACGCGCAAGGAGGCCUACCGGUCGCUGCUGUACGGGGUCCGGGACGUGGAGGAGGUGCUGGUGCUGAUUUGCGGGCACGGCGGGCGGGAUAUGCGGUGCGGCGUCAUGGGGCCCGUGUUGAGGGAUGAGUUUGAGAGGAGGUUUGAGGGGGUUGGGGUUGGUGUUUUGAGGGGGCCUGUUGUGGUUGAUGAGAGUGGUGAAGGGGAGACUGGGAGGAUCGCGGCGCCUGAGGCGUCUGAGGAUGGUGAGAGGAGGUAUCAGAAGAUGUCGGCGAGGGUUGGGUUGAUUAGCCAUAUUGGCGGGCACAAGUUUGCGGGGAACAUCAUCAUCUAUAUCCCGCCCGGACAGCUUAUGGCUGAUGGGGAGAAGCAUCCUCUGGCCGGGAAGGGGAUCUGGUAUGGUCGGGUUGAGCCGAAGCACGUUGAGGGUAUCGUCAACGAGACGGUUCUCGGGGGCCGAGUCGUUGCUGACAUGUUCCGGGGUGGUAUUGAUGAGGAUAGAAAGAUCAUCAGGCUCUGAUAGAGUGGAUGUGUUUGCAUGGGGAAGCUGGCCGGGUGUAAGAGUUAAUUGUAACAUAACAUAGAGUGCAGAACAUCUCCACGAUGGCACAAGGGGUUUUGUGUUUCUCAGACUGGGUGGAGAUUUAAAUAUCCUAGACGCAGACUUUCAAGAUUCGCAUGAGAGACUUCAAGGGCAGAAACACGUUCAUCAUCAUAAAGACCGCCCACUAGAUACUCAGAUGCUAUACAACCAGGGC